AUGUAUGCCAAAUGUGGAAGCAUAGAUGCAGCAACAGAAGUUUUCUGUACAGUGCCAGAGAGAAAUCUGAUUACUUGGAAUUCUAUGAUUGCAGGGUAUGCUGCUAAUGGUAGAGCAAAUCAAGCCAUCAAUGUAUUUGUCCAGAUGAGAAAAAUGGGAUUUAAGCCAGAUAAUAUCACAUUUGUGAGUUUGUUGACAGCUUGCAGCCAUGGUGGUUUAAUUUCUGAAGGUCGAGAAUAUUUUGACAACAUGGAGAUGAACUAUGGGAUAAAACCCCAAAGAGGACAUUAUGCAUGCAUGGUUGAUCUACUAGGUCGAACUGGACUCGUGGAAGAAGCGUACGAGUUAAUAACAAAUAUGCCAAUGCAACCUUGUGAGGCUGCUUGGGGAGCCCUUUUAAAUGCUUGUAGAAUGAAUGGCAAUGUUGAGCUUGCAAGAUUGUCGGCGCAAAAUCUUCUAAGCUUGUAUCCUGAAGACAGUGGAAUAUAUGUGCUGAUGGCAAAUACUUGUGCUAAUGAUCGAAAAUGGAGUGAUGUAAGGAGGGUAAGAAGUUUGAUGAGAGACAAGGGUGUGAAGAAGAUUCCUGGUCAUAGCUUAAUAGAGAUGGAUGGUGAGUUUAUAGUGUUUUUGGUGGCUGAUGAAUCACACCCUCAAUCUGAGGAGAUCUACAAAGUACUGGAUGAAAUGCUUUUGUUUUCAAAAUUGGAAGAUAGUUGUGAGUUAUAG